GACUGGCCCAGUGCCCGAGCGCUAGAGAUGGCCGGGCCCCUGCUGUUUCUCUCCCUCAUAUUCCUGCCUCCGCCACUCUCAGGUCAAUUUCAUGUGACAUCUCCAAACAAACAACUUGUAGCAGAGCUGGGAUCCAAUGUUUCCUUGCCCUGUACCCUAUCACCCCCUCUCAGUGCUGAUGGGUUGGAGGUGCGCUGGUUCCACACUAUCUACAGCCCACAUGUCUAUUUGCUAAAAGAUGGAAAGGAGGAUAAAGAGCAACAGCGAGCAGAGUACAAUGGGAGGGUUUCCCUACUUAAAGGACCCGAGUCUGGAGAUCUAACACUUUCCCUGCACAAAGUACAGCUUUCUGAUGCUAACAACUAUGUUUGUUUUGUGGAGAACAAAACCAGUGGUGUCUAUGAAGAGGCAUUUAUUCAGCUUGAUGUUGUGGGUGAAGGCUCUCUCCCUACCUUGGAUAUCUCCUUGCAGGACAGCUCAGUUUUGCUCUCAUUUUCUUCCUCGGGUUGGUACCCUAAACCCCAGAUGCAGUGGGAGAAGAGUGAAGGAGUUUCCAUUGCUCCCAAUUCAGUGGCCUAUCUUAAUCAAAGUGAUGGUCUAUUUAGGGUAGAAAGCAGCAUUCUCCUCAAAGGUCCCUAUACAGAUCCUCUGUACUGUAGAGCCAGACAUCCCAUUACUGGAAGAGAUACAGGCAUCUUCUUAAGAAUCUCAGGGGACCUGUUUCCUCACGUCUCUCCUUGGGCCUAUGCUUUUGUCAGUGUUUUCAUACUCAUGCUAGCAGGAGUGGGUGUUGCAAUUCUUUGUGCUCGCAGACUAUUAAAUGAGAAAGAGAUGCUGACUAGUAAAGUUGCUCAUCUGUCCUCUGAAAUGGACUGGAGAAAGGCUGUUAUGCAACCAGUUUAUUUCAUGUUCAACCCAGAUAUUACCCACCCAGAGCUGUCAGUCUCUACUGAUUGCCUAUCGCUGUAUAACAAGCCACCUGUCAGUCCUCCAAGAAUGAAUAAAGUCCGCUUCGAGACAGAGCGCUGCUGUCUGGGAGACUAUACCUUCUCUUCAGGGGCUCAUUACUGGGAGGUCGAAUUAAUACAAGGAGAAGAGUGGGCAGUGGGAGUGGCCUCUCCAAAAGUACAAAGGAAAGGAGCAGCUUAUAUGUUUGGCCCCCAGGAAAAAAUCUGGUGUGUGUGUCGCUUUGUUGAAACUUUUAAGGCUUUGGACAAUACAGAGUACAAUCUUGAUGUGACAGCUGACAUUUUUAAAAGAGUAGGAGUCUACCUGAAUCUCACCAAACACACGGUUUCUUUCUAUGACCCCACUACCUGGAAGCACCUCUAUACUUUUAGUGAUGUGUCCCAAACAGUCCAACCAUUUUUCUGGCUGGGCACAAGGGGUGGAGAAGUUAGACUAAGAAAGCAGAUCAGUGAAAGGGUGGAAAGCAGAAAAGAUGUGGAAGAGAUGACAGAGCAGGCUGGUCUAUUAGAAAAUGUAUCUUUAUAAGCACAAAUAUACCACAAUUCAUCAUUGUACAGAACAAAUGCAGUUUUUUGUACUUUGCCUUCUGGUCUUUCCAAAUUUGUCAAAAUGGAGCACAGAGACAUGUGGAUACCCCCACAAAUACAGUGCUAACUGCAUUCAUCAGAAAUGUUUAGGUCAGGGAUGAGGAAGGGGGAAGGCACGUAGUUAGGCCCCCUACUUGUCAACCAUUUGUGCAUCAUUCAGACAUGGGAGCUGCAGAAGACACAGACCACAUGGGACCCUGGGUGUGAGUGGAAGGGGGGGGGGGCAUGGGUAUGUGUGGUAUGUGGAGCAUAGUGGGGAGAUUCUGCGUUUAUUGUGUUCCCCUUCCUGUGGGUAUUUGUAGCCUGUGGGAUAUAGUUAUGCAUCUGUGCACUUUCCCCAUCUCUGUUUUCCACCCCAUGCACUCUCUGUUCUCCCACAUUGUUUCUCAUCCCUUACUUUUCUUUCUUUCUGGCACUGCUGUGCUCAUGAGAUGUGGCUGGCCAGCAGUGUCUGCUGCCAGUGUGACAGAAUUGGCUAUGGGCAGGUAGGAGGGAAACGGAAUCUGGCAGACAGACAGAUGGGUGUGGAAGUGGUGGGUGGUCAUUGCUGCAGUGGAUUGGCGGUGAAAAAGAAGUAGUAAGUUGGGAAGAGGAGAUAAAACGUUUAUAUAAGUCUGCUUGUCUUUUUAAGAUUAAAAGGAUGCAUUCUAAAGUCAGAACGCUCCAUUUCUGGAUAUAAUGUAUAAUGCACUUUGUAAAAUUUAUAAUGCACUUACUGUAAAAUAUACAGCUCAUGGAACUUCAAGGUGACUUUAAUAUCCUCAUAAUUUACAACAGGGAGUACAUUAUUUAUUAUAAUACACAAGUUUCAGUGUUUCAUGUGACAAAUGACAUCACUAAGCACUGUUUUAACAGAAUAUUCAUGCCUCUAAUUAUACAGUAACUGUGGUGUAAUUUCUGUCAUAUUACUCACUAAAUCUUGUAUAUUAUAAUAAAUAAAUAUAAGCAUAUUAGAACUCACCUCGGAGUUCCAUGACUUGUAUAAAAGAACUUGGCCUUUGGCCUUGUGCUUUUAUAUGGAACUCCUCAAUGACUUAUAAUAUCCCUAUAUUUUACAACAGGGGGUACUUUAUUUAUUAUAAUAUACAAGUUUUAGUGAAUCAUGGGACAAAUUACAUCACUAAGCUCCAAUUAUAACUUACGACAUCACUAAGUACCGUUUAUAAGAAUAUAAUUUACAGUUUGUUCCCAUAGGGGAAUGACUGUAGAUUAUAAGGAUAUAAAGGAUCCAUUGGUUACGUUUUCUUAAGAAUAUAUAUUUAUGCCUUAGAAGAAACCACAUUAAAUUGUGCAAAAGUGUUUUUAUAUGAAAUUACGAUUUUAUAUGUAAAGUUACUUUUCUUAUUGUUUUAAUAAAGUAUUUUUAUGAUGCUGCUCUGUAUAUA